AUGAAUGGAACAAAGCUUCCUCGCUGGAGGGAGGACUGCAACAGAGCACGAGUUACAUCUGGAGCGUCCUCAAACCGCCUCAGUCCCCGCAAAGCGCAAAGCUUCCCCAUACGCCCCCGGGCCCCGGCCUGGGAGCGUCCUCAAACCGCCUCACUCACCGCAAAGCGCAAAGCUUCCCCCUCCCCCCGGGCCCUGGCCAGGGAGCGUCCUCAAACCGCCUCAUUCCCCGCCAAGCGCAAAGCUUCCCCCAGGCCCCGGCCAGGGGGCGUCCUCAAACCGCCUCACUCCCCGCAAAGCGCAAAGCUUCCCCCUCCCCCCGGGCCCUGGCCAGGGAGCGUCCUCAAACCGCCUCACUCCCCGCGAAGCGCAAAGCUUCCCCCUUCCCCCGGGCCCCGGCCAGGGAGCGUCCUCAAACCGCCUCACUCCCCGCGAAGCGCAAUGCUUAUCCCCUUCCCCCCGGGCCACGGCCAGGGAGCGUUCUCAAACCGCCUCACUCCCCGCGAAGCGCAAAGCAUCCCCCUCCCCCCGGGCCCCGGCCGGGGAGCGUCCUCAAACCGCCUCACUCCCCGCAAAGCGCAAAGCUUCCCCCUCCCGAGCCCUGGCCAGGGAGCGUCCUCAAACCGCCUCACUCCCCGCAAAGCUUCUCCCUCCCCCCCCGGCCCCAGCCAGGAAGCGUCCUCAAGCCGCCUCACUCCCCGCAAAGCGCAAAGUUUCCCCCUCCCCCGGGCCCCGGCCAGGGAGCGUCCUCAAACGGCCUCACUCCCCGCAAAGCUUCCCCCGGGCCCCAGCCAGGAAGCGUCCUCAAACCGCCUCACUCCCCGCAGAGCGCAAAGCUUCCCCCUCCCCCGGGCCCCGGCCAGGGAGCGUCCUCAAACCGCCUCACUCCCCGCAAAGCGCAAAGCUUCCCCCUCCCCCCCCGCCUGGGCCCCGGCCAGGGAGCGUCCUCAAACCGCCUCACUCCCCGCAAAGCGCAAAGGUCCCCCUCCCCCGGGCCCCAGCCAGGAAGCGUCCUCAAACCGCCUCACUCCGCGCAAACCUUCCCCCUCCCCCCCCGGGCCCCGGCCAGGGAGCGUCGUCAAACCGCCUCACUCCACGCAAAGCUUCCCCCUCCCCCGCCGGGCCCCGGCCAGGGAGCAUCCUCAAACCGCCUCACUCCCCGCAAAGCUUCCCCCAGACCCCGGCCAGGGAGCGUCCUCAAACCGCCUCACUCCCCGAAAAGCACAAUGUUUCCCCCUUCCCCCGGGCCCCGGCCAGGGAGCGUCUUCAAACCGCCUCACUCCCUGCAAAGCUUCCCCCCGGGCCCCGGCCAGGGAGCGUCCUCAAACCGCCUCACUCCCCGCAAAGCGCAAAGCUUCCCCCUUCCCCCUGGGCCCCGGCCAGGGAGCGUCCUCAAACCGCCUCAGUCCCCGCAAAGCGCAAAGCUUCCCCAUACGCCCCCGGGCCCCGGCCUGGGAGCGUCCUCAAACCGCCUCACUCCCCGCGAAACGCAAAGCUUCCCCCUUCCCCCCGGGCCCCGGCCAGGGAGCGUCCUCAAACCGCCUACUCCCCGCAAAGCUUCCCCCUCCCCCCGGGCCCCAGCCAGGGAGCGUCCUCAAACCGCCUCAUUCCCCGCCAAGCGCAAAGCUUCCCCCAGGCCCCGGCCAGGGAGCGUCCUCAAACCGCCUCACUCCCCGCGAAGCGCAAAGCUUCCUCCUUCCCCCGGGCCCCGGCCAGGGAACGUCCUCAAACCGCCUCACUCCCCGCGAAGCGCAAUGCUUAUCCCAGGCCCCGGCCAGGGAGCGUCCUCAAACCGCCUACUCCCCGCAAAGCUUCCCCCUCCCCCCGGGCCCCCGCCAGGGAGCGUCCUCAAACCGCCUACUCCCCGCAAAGCUUCCCCCUCCCCCCGGGCCCCCGCCAGGGAGCGUCCUCAAACCGCCUCACUCCCCGCGAAGCGCAAAGCUUCCUCCUUCCCCCGGGCCCCGGCCAGGGAACGUCCUCAAACCGCCUCACUCCCCGCGAAGCGCAAAGCUUCCCCUCAAACCACCUCACUCCCCGCAAAGCGCAAAGUUUCCCGGUCCCCGGCCAGGGAGCGUCCUCAAACGGCCUCACUCCCCGCAGAGCGCAAAGCUUCCCCCUCCCCCUCGGGCUCCGGCCAAGGAGUGUCCUCAAACCGCCUCACUCCCCGCAAAGCUUCUCCCUCCCCCCGGGCCCUGGCCAGGCUGCGUCCUCAAACUGCCUCACUCCCCGCAAAGCGCAAAGCUUCCCUCUCCCACGGGCCCCGACCAGGGAGCGUCCUCAAAAUGUCUCACUCCCCGCAAUUCGCAAAGCUUCCCCCUCCCCGGGACCUGGCCAGGGAGCGUCCUCAAACCGCCUCACUCCCCACAAAGCGCAAAACCUCCCCAGAUCCCCAGCCAGGGCCGUUACGCGGCCCCCAAGCGUUGGGAAAUUGCAGAGAGAGCCUCCUGGGUGAACUUUCCAGAAUGGGAAUUGGAGCGUUGCGGCAGACGGUUCACUCCCGCCAGGUGGCUGAGCUGA